UUCAAAACUUUCCCUGCUUGCGAGUGUAACUGUUCCAAAUCUGUAACUCACAGCUGAUGAGCGUCAAGGGAAUGUAAGGAGCUCUGAUGACAUUAAAAAAGCAUGUGAGCUCACCUUGGAUUACAUUUGUGGUCAACUCUGAAUGGGAAUACUCCGCAGACAGCCUCUGAUGGAAUACGAACAUCGUUAAGUAACUUUGUGUCGUGAGGAGCCAGCUUUGGUGAGGGCUCUUCCACAAUGAGAGACCGCUUGGAGGAGCUGCAGCAGAGGGCUCAAGACUUUUCUGAGGCAGCAAGUGAGAAUACCAACCCUUUCUCAGCUGAGGGUGAUAAUGAUGACACUAUAGUGGCCGGGGUCAUAACGCCACAGGCUGUGGUGUUCGAGGAGGAGCCCAUCAUUGAGAAUUUCCUGUCUGAGGCUCAGCAAAUCCGAGAUGAUAUCACAGUGCUGGACACGGAGGUCCUUAAAUUUGGCCAGCAGCAAAAGACCCUGGUGGCAACAAUGCGUCGUUUCAGUGUGAUGAAGAAAGAGAGCAGUAUAACCCGGGACAUCAAGCUCCGGGCUGAAAGCAUCCACAGACGCUUAGAUGCGCUUUCAAAACAGGUCCAAAGGACUGAGGACCAGCAGGGACCUACUGCUGUUACAACAAGAAUACAACGCUCCCAGCAUGCAGCACUGUACCGAAAAUUCCAGCAGGUAAUGCUGCAGUAUAAUGAAGGUCUGCUGACCAAGCAGGAGCGCUGUAAGCACUUCAUUAUCCGGCAGCUGGAGGUAUCGGGAAGGGAUGUGACAGAGGAGAAGGUGAAUGAGAUGGUGGCCACAGGAAAAUGGGAGGUCUUCAAUGAGAACCUGCUGAAUGAUGUCAGAAUCACACGGUCACAACUAUCUGAGAUUGAACAGCGACACAAGGUGAGCCUAUGA